AUGAAGAAAAUAUUACAUUUUUUUGAGGAAGUUGAAACUACAGAUAGUAGAAAAUCAUUUGAAGCUUUUACUAGAUGUAAAGGCAACAUCAUAUUCGGUGCAAAAAAUGACUUGCCUAAUAUUAUUGGGACUUUUUUUUUAAUAGUAGCUAUUAUAAUGUUGUACUUAAUUUUUAUAUUUCCUGCAGCACUAGAUUAUUAAUAUAAUGCUUUAGCAAUUAUAAUUGCAAUAUGCUGUAUACUUCCAAUCACAACGCUUUUGAAUGUUACAAUGACAGAACCUGGAGUGUUGUUAAAAGGAGACUUGCCUGAUCCAAAAUAAUAAUAAUAAUAAUAGACAGUAGAAGAACUUGAAUCAACUACCUAAUCAAAUAAAAAUUUUGCAGAAGUAGAGUCAAUUAGGAAUGGAUCAAAUCACAUUUUAUUAGUGGAAGGAUCAUAAAAUUAAAUUGAAUUGAAUCUUGAAGUACCCAGCAUUUAUAAGGUCAGAUAUUGUUCAACUUGCAAAAUUAUGAGACCCUCUAAGGCUUCCCAUUGCAAAUUCUGCAACCAUUGUGUUGAAGGCUUUGAUCAUCAUUGUUUUUGGGUUGGUACAUGUAUAGGAAUAAGAAAUUAAAGAGCAUUUUUAAUAUUUUUACAAUCUUCCUUGAUUGUAGCUAUUCUUACCUUUUGCUAAUGCUCAUUAAAUUUGUAUCACUAAUACUUAGAUAUAUACAAUCUUUGGAUAUUAAUGUUUAAAGAGGCUAGUAUUCCUAUUAUAGUUAUUUAUGGAAUAUAUUUUUGUUGUGGUUGUUGGACUCAAUAAAGCUAUUUGAAUGUCAUAAUUAUAAUGAUUAUGUUCAUUCUUCCAAUAAUUUACUCUGCUGUUCUCAUUAACAUUGAAGAUGCAUACAAAGAUUACAGAUAUUAUGAUAAUCCUUUUUUAACAUUUUUGGUUACAAUCAUUCUACUAGUCUGCUGUUGCUUCCUUCUUCCGUUUAAUAGUAUCAAUUGCUAUUAUAUAUCAUUAGGUAAAACUGCAAAAUAGUAGAAAUCAGAAGAUUAGUUUUAUAUAAAAAAAUAAUCCCUUCUGAAAACAAAACAUAGUUCUUCAGAAGUAUUUCAAAAUUUAGUGAAAUUUUAUACAUCUCCAAUACCAAUUAGUCGUAAUUAAUGA